CAGCGGCUCUGAUCACAUCCACGGAGCAGGCUGCGGGCACGAGGAACAAAGAAAAAGCCACAUUGGGUUGAAACACUUAGUAUCCAGUGAGAGAGUUUCACUGUGAGAGUCGCUGUGCGGCGUCAGGAGAGAGCUGAGAGGGUUCUGUCGGGUCUCCUUUUAUGGAAACCUUUUCCAUUCGGAUACACCGGACGUAACCAGAGCUCGAUAGUGUGACCUUUGACCCCGUUGGCUCGGCAGACAUGCUCUUUUCUCAAGACGCCUGCACUCGGAUGGAUUAAAAGAAGCCUGGUUCCCCCUGGCCGAAGCGUGCGUGUCAAACAGCACCUUUCCACCCAGGACCCCCCUGUGUUCCCGUUGCGCCCAUGAGGUAACGUCAGGACCCAGCGCCCCCUCAUCACCACCCUCGGUCCAUUCAUUUCCCCUCCCCCUCUGGUCCCUCCUCCCCUCGGGACCCCUCCAGCCAUGGGCCAGAAGAUCUCCGGCAGUAUCAAGUCAGUGGAUGUACGCGGGGAGCCCUCGUAUCGGCCGGUGCGCCGCGAGCUGCGGGGCCCGGAUUUCUGUCGGCCCCCGAGGUUGGACUUACUGCUGGACAUGCCCGCGGCCAGCCCCGAGACCCAGCUCCGCCACGCCUGGAACCCCGAUGACCGCUCGCUCAACGUCUUCGUCAAGGAGGACGACAAGCUGACGUUUCACCGACACCCUGUGGCGCAGAGCACAGACUGUAUCCGCGGCAAGGUGGGCUACACCAGGGGCCUCCACGUGUGGAGGAUUAACUGGCCGGCCAGGCAGAGAGGCACCCACGCCGUCGUGGGCGUGGCCUCUGCUGAGGCGUCUUUGCACUCUGUCGGCUACACGGCCCUGGUGGGCUCCGACUCCGAGUCCUGGGGCUGGGACCUGGGUCGCAACAGACUCUACCACGACGCAAAGAACCGGCCCGUCUCCACGUCGGCGCCCACGUAUCCCUGUUUCCUGGAGCCGGACGAGUCGUUCGUGCUUCCAGACUCUCUGACAGUAAUACUAGACAUGGACGAAGGAACGCUGAGCUUCAUGGUGGACGGACAGUAUCUGGGAGUAGCGUUUAGAGGGCUGAAAGGCAAGAGACUGUAUCCCAUCGUCAGCGCCGUGUGGGGGCACUGUGAAGUUUCUAUCCGCUACGUCAACGGACUAGAUCCGGAGCCCCUCCCCCUCAUGGACCUGUGCAGACGAGUAGCUCGGCUGGCUCUUGGCAGAGAGCGCAUCCAUCACAUCGACACCCUCCCGCUGCCGCAGACGCUGAAGAACUACCUCCAGUACCAGUGACCUUGUACACACACAGAAACAGAUUGGACCAAACCGAGGUCUGCCUGUUGUUAUGCUAACCAGCCUCCAAACUGAACUCCAUCAUAACCAUCAGACGUCUGCUGAGGGAUGCGUGCGAUGGCGUUGACUAAGCAGGUGGUGGACACGGCGCUGCAUGGGUUUAUUUUUGUUUACAACAGUUGGGUUUUUUUUUUUUUUUGUUCUUUUUCAUUUUGAAUGUUUUUAAUCUUCUGGUUUUCGCCUUUUUUAUUUUUAUUUUUUUUAGCUGUCUUCCUACUGGACAGACGACAAGAGGAGCUGAUGAAUGGAAUAAAAAGGAGGGAGAAAUUAAAAAAAAAAAAAGAGGAUAUUUCUAUCCAGUUUCCUGCUAAUCACACAAAUAGAGUCCUCCGUUCUGAAGGCCUCAAACGCUGGUGUUUUUUUUGGUUGACAGCUUAACCUGCCAUCUUUUCUGCACACACACUCUGUGGAAGCCUCCUCGGAAACAUGUUGGUAUUUAUAUUUAUAUUCCCAACAACACAGCAGGCUCUGUGGAGAGGCAACAAUCCCUCCAAGCCACAGGGGAGAGAGAGAAAGAGAGAGAGAGGAAGAAAGUCUACAGUUCUAUUUUUGUUAGUGUGUACACAGUGCAGCACACAUGGAUUACAUACAGUAUAUAUUCUGUGUUGUGUGUGUGUGUGUUAUGUGUAGAGAAACAAAGCCUUAACUGUGUAGUAAGAAGACAACUCACAGACAAGCAGGUGAUUACCACCUACCGGCUAAAAACAACAACUCCAGUCAUGUUUGAACCUUCAGAAUCCCCCUCCUCUCUCCUGCCAGCGUCUCUCUCUCUCUCUCUCUCUUUAUGUCUCUUCAUCACUCGCUCCAGUUUGAUUCAAGCCUCCGCCAUGUUUUGGUGAACUCAAAGGACCGCGGGCGCUGUUUGUCGACUCUCCAGCUCCUGUAACGCUGAUAAGAGAUUGAUCUGAAGGUUGAAGCCGUGUGUUUGACUGCUAAUGUGCCUGCUCUGAGACGACACACACACACACACACACACACACACACACACACACACACACACACACACACACACACACACACACACACACACACAAAAAGCUCAUGUCAACACUUCUGUCGUGUCACAAACAACCUCCCCACACACACACACACCAAGUUUUAAUGCUGCUUUUCCAUCUUUUACUUCCACCGUCUUACCCCCAUGUGGGUUUUUUUUAUUCUUUUGAAAAUUCUGGUUUUAUGAGAUUAUUUUUUAAUGUUUUUAUUUUUUUUUUCUCCCAUUCCAUGGAUCAUGAGAUUUGUCUGCGGGACAGGUUGUCUCGUAGAUAAAGGUAGAAAAUGUG